ACCAAUUUUAGUUGUAGACAUAUUUUUGUGUGGAGUGGAUGUUGCUUGUUUUGUUAUCGAAAAUAUAAUAGAACAAAUAAAGUUACUGAUAAAUUUAGUUAUAAAUUCAUCAACUUUUAUAAUAAAGACACUAUCAACUUGGACAUAAAUUAAAUGCAAGGCCCAAGAUACACGAGAAUAACGGAGGAAGUAUAUUAGAAUGAAACAAAGAUUUUGUAUCUGUAUAACAUAAUUGUUUACAAGUACAAACCUAUAAAAAUGACCAAGGCAGCCAGUACUAGACGAGUCCGUAACCAGGCUUCAUCACUUACUGUACCAAGACAGAAUUCAAUACCGGACAAUGGAAGAGCAAAGCAGAAUACCACCUGUGAAAUGCUCGCAGCAAUGAACAAAGAACAGCUUCGAGCUGAAUGCAGGAAACGAGGCCAACGAUCUUCUGGCAACAAGAACGAAUUGUUGGCCCGACUCGGGUACUACAAGCUGGCGGCGGCCGUGCAGCAAAACGAUACGGACCAGCGUCCGCGCAACGGUCUGCAUACUCCUAAAGACAUCAAAAAUAAACCCGUCCAAAUGGACACAGACAGUUUGGUGCUAUGGAGGCGGCCUCUCACCACUCUAGAGUACUUCUUUAGAGAACUCCUUAUAUUGAUAUCAACUGGCCUGCAAAGGUUGCUGGCGUACAAAUUACUAGCUUUAGUAAUUAUACUAUCGAUAGCUGCUACUGUGACGUCAUACUAUGUAGGCGGACCUCACCAACCUUAUGUCCAGUUAGUGGUGAUGAAGUUAGCCUGGUGGGGUUGGUGGGUGGUACUAGGGGUGUGUAGCUCGGUGGGGUUGGGCACGGGGCUGCACACAUUCCUGUUGUACUUGGGGCCGCAUAUCGCCCGCGUCACCCUCGCCGCGUACGAAUGCGGCUCACUAGACUUCCCUGAACCACCUUAUCCUAAUGAUAUAAUAUGUCCAACGGAGGGCAUACCAGGUGCGGUGACUGUAUGGAGUAUAAUGUCGAAAGUACGCAUAGAGAGUAUGCUGUGGGGGGUAGGCACAGCCCUGGGGGAGCUGCCCCCCUACUUCAUGGCGCGCGCCGCCAGGCUCUCUGGGGGCAGCCUGGCUGAAGUCACGGAGGUCGCUGAUGAUAAUACAAGGAGUGGGAGAGCUAAGGUGAUGGUUCAGAAGUUAGUACAGCGUGUUGGCUUCGCUGGAAUACUGGCGUGCGCGUCUAUACCGAAUCCGCUGUUCGACCUCGCUGGCCUCACUUGCGGACACUUCCUUGUACCUUUCUGGACGUUCUUUGGUGCGACUGUGCUCGGUAAAGCGGUCAUCAAAAUGCAUAUACAGAAAAUGUUUGUUAUAAUCGCUUUUAAUGAAGCUUUAGUUGGCCAAGUCUUAGGAUGGGUGUCAAAAAUACCAUACAUAGGACCUAAACUGGAAGCGCCAUUACUGGAAUUUUUGCGUAAUCAGAAAUCAAAGUUACAUAAACGAGACCCCUCAGCCCCGUUGCCAGAGAACCAAGGGUCUUUGGUAUCUAGUUUACUGGAGAAAUUAGUACUAACUAUGGUGCUCUAUUUUGUGGUGUCGAUAGUAAAUGCUCUUGCACAGAAUUACAGCAAGCGUAUUGGUAAGAGGAAGGGGAAGAAACGUGAUUAGGGAACGAUGACGCCGGCCGAUGUGACAGCGAGAUUCGCACGGCGGCGUCCAGAAAGUACGCGACAACGUAGGUAGCACAGUCAUAUUACGUCAUACGUUCAACACCAAAGUGUACAAGAAUUAACAUGACUCAGUACACUACUGCAAUAAAAUGUACCAUUAUCUAGUUAUAAAGACAAUUGUGAAUAUCUAAGCAAUAUGUGCUUUAAAAAAACCUCUCCUUAUAAGUUUUUACAGGCAGAGAAUAUUUUUUGUACAUUAGUUCCAGAACCCCAUAGAUUGACGUAUAACAAAAAUGUCUGUUAUUUCGUUCAGACUUAUCAACUAGCAGUCGUCCGCGACUUUAUCAGAAUUUAAAAACUAGCCUAUAAUAUUUCUGUGUGUCCUUCCGGCAGUCCCGUCAAAAUCUAUCCAAUCGUUACAAACAGAUGACAUCACAAAAUUGUUUUUUUUUAUCAAUAUUACGUACAGACACUAAUUUUAUUAUAUCUAUUGUUUAAUGUUCACAUUUUACUGCACUGAGUGUACUGAUGUUAUUAACUAUGGGUUUUGACAGCAGUGACACUUGUAUUGACACAUGCGUUGACACAUUGUCAUAACUCACAUGCUCUUUGACGAACCAUAGACAGUUAACUUAAUACGUUAAACCAUAGACAAUGUGUGUCACUGCAUUAUAAACCUGUUGCGAUGUUUUAUUUUUAAAUAGUGAUGGAAUAUAGAAAAAUGUGCUUUGCUUACCUAUUUCAUGGUAGACGCAGAAAAAUAAGACAGUUAUAUAGUAUUAUUAUGAAAAAUUAUGUGUUUGCCAUUGGGCCGAUUAGUUCACCGAUCGGACGACCCAAUGGGAAAAUUUUUAAAGAUUACAUCGUAUCAGAUUGUUAUUAACAUAAUAAUAACCACAUUGAAGAAAUUGUGUUCUAUAAAAGAGUUUUCUAGAAUGUUCUUUUGUCACGUAUGUUGACGAAAUAUAAUUUAAUAAUUAUAUACUCAACGCGUAAUAUUCUAAAAUUGCAAUUAAUGUAAUUAAAUAGUAAAAAUGUCUUAUGAAAUAUUUGUACAUAAGUGAUGUGUGUAAAUCCUAAGAAAUUACUAUGCGGUCACAAUAACAAAACUCCAGCGACGUUUGUUUUUUACGCGUGUUUGGUUCUACCGCGAGUGUUCGAAGAUCUCUUUAGUAUAUUUGUACUUUGACUAUGACGUCACAGGAUAUAAUGUUAUUGUGCACGUGAAGUAAAUUGUGUAAAGUAUAGCAUUUUUCAAAUAAGAAUGUGCAUUUUAAUGACCUCGAUCUGUUAUAAUAAUAAACAUAAUUUAACUGACCCUAGUUUUUUUAUGAGAUAUCACGUCACAAUAUGGCGUAUUUUCUGCACAUUCUUAUUUGAAAUCAUUUUAAUUGAAGUAUAGGAGAAAUUCACAGGGAUUAUAAAGCAUUGUGGCUCAUUUUAUAAUGGUUGAUGCUGUAUGUGUUUAAAUCUUAUAUCAGCUAUAGCGCGACCAGUGUUAUCUUGCCUGUGGCCGAGUGUCGUAUAAACGCUUCAUUUUUUUUUUCGUGGAAUUUUUGGUAUAGAAAAUCAAUAUAAAGUUUAUUGCUAGAAAACAAAUCUGUCCAAUUACAAGAACUAGACCAUUGUAUUUAUAACAUAAACAAGAAUUUUACCUUUACCGUUUUAUGUUUCUAAUUUUAAAGUAACUUUUUUGUUUCUUUUUUUCAAGACCGACAACAGACAUCCAUAUUGAUCAUAGAUUAUGAAUAUUUCAAAGAGUUAAAUGUUAAUGUGGACAGAUUUUACUACUAAAUUACAUUCAUGUCAAUAAUUUUUCAAAUUACUAGAUUUGCGACGGCGUGCCAAAAAGUCGACAUAAAACUUGUUACCGUUAUAGAAAAAAAAGAAAAGUAGAUAAUAAAAAUCGGUUAAGUUUUUACCAGUUUUUAUUAAUUCUGUGUGAUUUUUCCAAAAAAUAAUAUUUUGGUGCUGUUCCUAAUUUUUAAACCGCGGUUUAUUUAAGUGUAAAACUUAUCUAGUCCGUAGGCAUAAAGGUAUUAUGUAUUUAUUUUAUAAUCCUAAUUUCACCAAUCUCAUAUACCUUGUGCAUCUUGAAAAAAAUCUGUAAUACUAAAAAAGUUUCUUCUCAAUAGCUGAAUGUAAAAAAAAAAGCUUAAUAGUAUAAACUCUAUAUGUAUUUUCACUUUUUAAACCAAUUUUAUGUGCAUGAGGAGUAAUUUUAUUAAAUAAAAAUAGGUAUAGCAAACUUUAAACAAAGUAUGUAUUUUUCAUAGUAUUUAUUAGGCUUCAAUUAUAUUAUUAAGAGCGAUAGAUUUAUAACCUAUAGAUACCUGAUCCAGUGCAUAAAUAGGCAAAAAAGACGCAUUUUAUUCGAAGAAAUUCCCAUUUGUAAUCCAAAAUGACAUUUCGAAAAUCGACCCUUAAAAUGUCAAACUUGUAUCAAACACACCAUCUGUAGGUUAUUUGUCUAUGAUAAAAGCGUAAAAAAGACAUUCUCAUUGUGCAACCCGUAUUUUUUUUUUCGAUAACGUUUUGUAAAAUCCAGUAUUGUGUGUUUUUUUUUAUAUUUUAAUACGUAUAAAUUUAAUUUGCAUUCCUUCGCCAUUGUAAAUGUCUACACGCACAUUUAAAAACAGUUGUUUGCAUGUAUUGAAAUACCAUUUGAUAUUUUUUGUAAUAGCAAACUGGCUGUUUUGACAUUCCACGUUUUUUAGUGUUUGUUAGCUAGCGACUAUAGGAACUAUUUAAACUCUAUUUUAAACGUAGUAUUCUGUGUAGUAAUAUUAAUACUUUUAGACUGAAAGUUUAAUACUUUCAUUAUUCUCUUGAACGUCAUUAUGAUUUUUUUUUCCUUAUGGCCAGAUUGACCAUAUAUUUAAUAAACACUUUAAAAUAUUUCUUCUUCUAUAUCAUUAAGCUUAGCAGUUUUCUAAGUCUCUCCAGAAUAAUGUCAAGGUAAAUUUUUAACUUUUUUUCGUAGUCACAGGUUUUUAUCUAUUGAUAAACCUCAGGAAUGUUUAUUUAAUUGUUUCAUUAUGAAUUAAUGUUUUUUCUUUAGAAUAAUAAUUGAUAUUUUCAAUGUAUUUAUAAAGAUAUGAUUUAUAUACAAGUAAGGUUUUACGUAGUUACAUGGAGUGGUACAUUUAGUACAAAACAGCUAAAUUAAGGGUUUUAUAUACUAGAGCGUUCGUACUCUGAAGCAAUAAAUGAGUGGUUAUGA